ACAAUUGAAUAAAGUUUUUAGCAGUUAAUAACCAAAUUAGUUGCGACCAUGUUUAAUAUUAAAAUUUGUUUUUCUUUGUUAAUAAUUUAUUUGAUAUUACAAAAAGUCACAGCAAAACCAGCUGAAGAAAUUUCUUAUUUAGAAAAAACAAUUAAUUUUCAAUAUGAAAAUGAUCAAUGGAUUUGUGGUGAUAUCAAGUGUCCAGAGAAGACUUUCGGCUGUAAAAUAAGACUACGUAGUGACGAGAAGGAUAGAAAAGUAUUUUAUCAAAGUUUUACCUGUUUUAAUGAAGAUAAAAUUACGACAUUAGGAGCUGGAGAUAAAAUUGAAAUGACAAAGGAAAAAGUAAUAGAUAUAGAACUGGAGUCCUAUGUCGGAGCAGUAUCGGUUUAUAGUACUGGUUAUGGCAUGGGUGGUAAUGAAAGUGCUAACGGUGUGUUAGCUGUGGAGGAUUUGAAUGAGCUAAAGGAAACCGUUAAGAAAAAUAGAAAAGCAGUUGGUAAUCCACCAGCAUAAGUUUUUGAAUAACUAAAAUCAAUACGAAAUGGAAUUUUAAAACUAUUUUAUGAAUAAAUUCAAUUAUUUCAUUUACU